AUGGAGGAGGCCGUGACCGGAGCCGUCGCCGAGCAGGAGGAGUCCUUGGGGCAGAGCUCCAGGCGGCUGCUGUACCAGCCCCAGACGCUGAAGUACUGGACCCUGGAUGUCUAUUACACGGCCAAGGACGAGGGCGGCAGUGUGUUCACCGAGGACGCCAUGGCUGAGAUCAGGCGGUUCGAGCGGAGCAUGUUCGAGUUUGCGGGGUACGAGCACUUCUGCCACGUGGACAGGGACACCGAGACCAUGGAGUGCUCGAUCCCCAAUUCCGUCGCGUCGAUCUUCAAUCCCAGCGUGCAGAGAGUCAAUGGCUCGGACUUCGACUCCACCAUCGAGGUGGCCUACGACGGCCAGGGGGAGUGCCUUUCUUCCGCCAGUGUCGCAGACGCCGUGGCUGCACUGAACCAGGCGGGGGUGUCCUGGUGGUGGGACGCCGGCUUCGACGGCUCGUCGGCGUCCGGGAUGGCCACGCGCUCCCAGUUCCGGGGCGGAGCCCCGCUCGGCGCGGCCUCGGCCACCGCCAAGCUGACGGACGAGAUGAGGGCGGAGACCCAGGAGAUGGGUUCCUGCACUCGCUGA